GGUCCCUUUCCCUUACAAGCUGGCACACAGCCAAGUGGUACGUUUGCAACAGUCUCGCAGACUGUUGCGUCUUCUUCUUUGGGUCCAGUGGUGAAUGCUACAUCACCACAACAACCUGUUCAGCAAUCUGGACAGCAGCAAGGUCAAUGGUACCCCAAGACCCCAAUGAAACCGCCUCUUGCCUUCUCAGRCGAGAGAAAGGACGAGGAACUCAACAUAUGGUUGAGGACAGUCCCGGUUUGGGUGAAGGCCAAAAGGACCUUGCCAAAGGAUGAGGUGGUAACUGCGGCAUCUUACCUAGAGGGUAAAGCAGCCAAGUGGCUAGAUGGUGUAGUUGUGAAGGCCGGGUACGGGCGACGCAUGGUGGAUUGGGCUAAGUCUUUGACCUUGGACCAAUUCAUGGAGAUGGUAGAAGCUCGAUGGCAUAGCCCACAGGAGGCUCAAAGGGCCACUAAUGCCAUUAACAAACUUGACCAACGCAAGUUGAGGUCAGUUAGGGAGCUUACGACUACCGUAGAGGGUCUGAUCCUCAUCCCGGGUAUCAACUACAGUGACGAGUUCCUGUUAACAACUUUUGUUAGAUGUCUUCCAGAGAACAUCAGGAACUUACUGGCCAGUGAGGCACGCACCGAGUACCACUCGUUUGAGACAUUGUCUAGGAAGGCCUUAGACUUAGAGGCAACACUAGGCAAUGCUCAACCCACCUCAGGGAACGACUCAAAGAAGAAGAAGAGUCCUCAGGAGUGGAAGAAGAAGGGGGCGAAGUUGAUGCUGGUUGAGUCAGAUGGGACCCAAACUGAAAUCGACGAACUCUCUGACCUAGUGGACUAUUCAGAGUGUGACAGCGAGGGGGUAGCUGAGGGUAGCACCCUCGCCGUGGUAGUAAAGACUAAGGUCAUAGACCGAUAUGACUUCAAGCUUGAGUACCUGAAAGGAGAGUACAACAAGGUUGCAGACGCGCUAUCCCAUAGAGCAGACUACCUAGGUGCGCUAGUUUCCGAAUUUGGUGUAUCGAACGAAGUAACUCAAUCAUUGGUGGGAGCCUAUCAGGAAGACCCUGUCACGAUGGACAUCAUCCGCAAACUUCAGGCAAAAGACAAGGCCACAGAAAGUGAGUUUUUGAUGGUGGAUGGGCUAAUCUAUCUUGAUAAGGCCGGAGUAAACAGAUUGGUAGUUCCAUCUAGUGAACAGUUGCGUAGUUUAUUUUUAGGCGAAUGUCAUGACGCAACUGGGCACUUUGGCUACAAGAAGACGAGUGCUAACUUAGUACAGCGAUUUUGGUGGCCCAGAAUGCUAGAUGACGCAAAGAAGUAUGUUGAGACUUGUCAAGUCUGUCAGCGGGACAAGCCGCGAACUCAAGCACCGCUUGGGUUAUUGAAGCCUUUACCCAUUCCUGAUGGUCCAGGAUUGAGUGUUUCCAUGGAUUUCAUGGACACCCUUGUGACCAGCAAGAGUGGUAAGAGGCACAUUUUCGUCAUCAUUGAUAGAUUCACCAAGUACGCUAGACUAAUACCAAUGCCAGAGACAGCCAGGACGGAGUAUGUCAUCAAGUUGUUCAAGGACAACUGGGUAAGGGACUUUGGUUUACCAAAGACCAUCAUUAGUGACCGAGACGUCCGCUUCACAAGUGAACUGUGGAAGAAGACUGCAGAACAGAUGGGCAGUCAAAUUCAAAUGACUUCAGGGAAUCAUCCCGAAGCCAACGGACAAGCCGAACAAAUGAACAGAGUGGUACAGCACUUGCUGCAGCAUUACAUCAAGCCCAACCAAGAUGAUUGGGAUGAGCAGUUGCCUCUCAUCGCCAGCUUGUACAACAAUGCUAUUCAUAGUAGUACCGGCGUUAGUCCUAACCAGUUCCACUUGGGAUGGAAGCCUAGAUUGGCACUAGACUUUCUCCUACCUGAAAACCGACCUGCUGCAACUCCAGGCACGCUUGAAUACGGCGUGCAAUAUGAGAAGUUGCUGCGCGAGGUUGUUGAACAUAUGAAGAAAGCUCAGCAAGCCAUGAUUGCUUCCGAGAAUAAACAUCGCAGACAGUCCACAUUUCAGAUCCGCGCGCUGCACCUUCGCACUAUUAUCUGGCUCCUCUUGGAGUACGACAAUGCCCCUUGGAAAAUCUUGACGCUCCUGAUGAUGGCUGAUGCCCUUAGAUUGGACCCCGCGGACGUUGAGACUGCCCUUCUGCAGCCUCAGCUCGAGGCCUCUAAUCAUUCGCUUUACCCGAUUAAACUGUUCAACAGCUCCAGCUAUCCUGAGGGAAACUUCGGAGGGAACCAGCUACGGUUCGAUUAGUCUUUCGCCCCUAUACCCAAGUCCGACGAACGAUUUGCACGUCAGUAUCGCUGCGAGCCUCCACCAGAGUUUCCUCUGGCCUCGCCCUGCUCAGGCAUAGUUCACCAUCUUUCGGGUCCCAACGGG